UCUACCGUCAUUCCCAGACAGACUAGACACCAGCUCCCAACUCACGCAGAUGAAAUGAUUAGAAACGAACAGAUAUUCCGUUUUACUGCUUAAUUAAUAGUCAUCAAUAAAAGAAUAGAAUCAUUUCAUUCUUGGACAGACUAACAAGUAAUUCAGAGUAAAACAGAAAGAGAAAGAGAGAGAGAAAAUGGCGGGGACUCUGUCGGCGCACGAUCGCCAUGUACUGACGGCGGUGAGCGCCGGAGCAUCCAGCCUCUCAUUCGUCGGGUCGGGUUUCAUAGUCCUCUGCUACGUCCUCUUCAAGGAGCUCCGCAAGUUCUCUUUCAAGCUCGUCUUCUACCUCGCCCUCUCUGACAUGCUUUGCAGUUUCUUCAACAUGGUUGGGGAUCCAUCCAAAGGAUUUUUUUGUUUUGCUCAAGGCUAUAGUACACAUUUCUUCUGUGUGGCAUCUUUCCUAUGGACUACAACAAUAGCUUUUACUCUUCACCGUACUGUUGUUAGACACAAAACAGAUGUUGAAGAUUUGGAGGCCAUGUUUCACUUGUAUGUUUGGGGAACUUCACUAGUUAUGACUGUCAUACGCUCUUUUGGUAAUAACCAUGGACAUUUAGGCGCAUCGUGUUAUACACAAACAGGGCGCACUGGAAAGGCAAUUCACUUUAUAACAUUUUAUGUACCACUUUGGGGUGCAAUUCUUUACAAUGGCUUUACGUAUUUCCAAGUGAUACGCAUGCUAAACAAUGCAACCCGCAUGGCAGCAGGCAUGUCAGAGCGGGCAUACCAGUUAGAUGCAAGGGCAGACAUGAAAGCUCUAAACAGGUGGGGAUAUUAUCCACUCAUUCUCAUUGGAUCAUUUGCUUUUGGUACAAUCAACCGGAUUCAUGACUUUAUGGAGCCUGAUAAAAUCUUUUGGCUUUCAGUUCUUGAUGUUGGGACAGCUUCACUAAUGGGCCUGUUCAACUCAAUAGCAUAUGGCCUGAACUCUUCAGUGCGACGUGCAAUUUAUGAACGUUUGGAACUGUUCUGGCCAGAGAGGUUUAGAAGAUGGCUCCCUAACAAUUCCAAGUACAGAAAUCAACAGCAAGAGAGUGAACUAGUCUCAUUGAAAAUUCAAGAUCAGCAAUAGCAAAUUAGACGUAUUCUGUACCUCCAUCAGCUAAAGCUUUAUCCUCUUGCCAAAAUUUUCAACAUUUUUUUCAUUAAAUUUGAAGAGAGGAUAAAAUGAAGAGACAAAAAGGAACACAGCUCCCAGCAUCCAAUCCAAACAUAUUAGAUUUGUUUGCUGCAACGCAAAUGUGAUUCAUGUCAUCUGUGGCACCUUGCUUUCUCCUUGUGAGACUGAUUUGAAAAAGAUAUGACGGAUAUUUGUUUAUAGAGGAGCCAAGUAAAGUAGAAUCUCUAAUAGAAGAUUUGUGGUUACACAGAGAGGUGGAUGACCUUUUAACAAUGACAGAAAUGUGAGUUCAAAGCAUUGUUGUUGUAGAAUAUGCUUCCAAGUUCUGGCUCUAGUGUUUCACUUACUAUUGUUAAGUCCUCUUUUGGCUUCUAGCCUCCUAUUGUACCAACGUGUAAGCACUUUUGUAAAUGAAUUUUUUUUCUUUCUUCAAACCCUUUUUUUGUCAUUUUAUGAAAUGAAUGUGGUCUGAAUGUCAUGCUUAA